GAAGAAGAAGAAGAAGGUAGAUAAAAAUCGUGUCCUUUUUUUCUUGUUACCUGUGAAAAAUCAAAAGUGAACUUCAGCCUCAGUUCCUUUUAAUAAAAAACUGACUCGAAGGAGCAGAGGGGUCUUGUCUUACGGGAAGAGCAGUGCCACAUCUAAUAUGAGUCUAUCUGGGGAGAGAAAGAGAAAAACUUCAGCGUCUGCAGAACCCGGAAACAAUGUUUCUUUGAAAAGCAAAAGUUUGGGUGAGGAUGAUUUGUCUGAAGACCAUCAGCAUGAUUUGCAUCAAACAGCAAAAGAUGUUCUGCAAAGAGUUAAAGACAAACACAGAACCAGCAUGCAGAACAAGUAUAAGAGUUUAUUUGAGGGAAUCAAAGUACAAGAAAAUCAAACCCUCCUGAAGAAAAUUUACACCCAGCUGUACAUCAUAGAGGGAGAGAGUAAAGGAGUGAAUGAUGAACAUGAGGUUUUGCACAUGGAGAAAAAGCCCAGAACGCAACACUUACAAGACACUCCAAUCAACUGCAAUGAGAUCUUUAAACCCUUAACAGUAGCAAAAUAUCAAACAGAGAAAAUCAAGAUUGUUCUUACUAAAGGCAUCGCUGGGAUUGGAAAAACAGUCUCUGUGCAGAAGUUUAUUCUUGAUUGGGCAGAGGGAUUGACCAAUAAGGAUGUAGAUUUCAUCUUUGUGCUUGCGUUUCGAGAGCUGAACUUGAUUCGAGACCAUCGCUACAGUCUUCACAAACUUCUGCUGAACUUUAAUCCGGAACUUCAGGAUCUGGCCUCAAAGACUUUUGAGGAGUGUAAAGUUAUGUUCAUCUUUGAUGGUCUGGAUGAAAGCAGAAUGACACUGAUGUUUUCAGAUGAUUGUGAGAAAGUUUGUGAUGUGAAUGAGACUUCAUCAGUGUCUCUGUUGAUGUCAAACCUCGUGAAAGGAAAUCUGCUUCCGUCUGCUCUCAUCUGGAUCACCUCCAGACCAGCAGCAGCCAAUCAGAUCCCCUCCAAAUAUAUCCAGCGUGUGACAGAGAUCCAGGGAUUCAAUGACGCUCAGAAGGAGGAAUAUUUCAAGAAGAGAAUCAGUGAUGAGCAUCAAGCCAGCAGAAUUAUCUCACACAUUAGAAGAGCGAGAAGCCUUCACAUCAUGUGUCACAUACCAGUCUUCUGUUGGAUCUCAUCCACUGUGCUUCAGAAUAUCCUGAAACAAGACAAUGAGAGCGCAGAAAUCCCUCAAACUCUGAGUGAAAUGUACAUCCACUUCCUGCUGAUUCAGUUGAAUAUGAAGAAUGAGAAAUAUGAUCCAGAGAGAGAUCCAAAGAAACUCUUGCAGUUCAACAGAGAAGUGAUUAUGAAAUUGGCUGAAGUGGCUUUUAAACAGCUGAUGAAGUUCAAUGUGAUGUUUUAUGAGGAGGAUCUGAGAGAUUGUGGGCUUGACAUCACUGACGCCUCACUGUAUUCUGGCAUCUGCACUCAGAUCUUUAAGCAGGAAUCUGUUAUUCAUCAAAGGAAAAUCUUCUGCUUCAUACAUCUCAGCUUUCAGGAGUUUCUUGCUGCUGUCUAUGUGUUUCAUUAUUACGUCAUCAAAUUUACAGACACUUUACAGUUUUUUGAUGUAGUUCACAGUCUUUUUAGAGAAGCAGUAGAUAAAGCCCUAGAGAGUGAAACUGGACAUCUGGAUCUUUUCUUGCGGUUUCUGCUGGGCAUCUCACUGGAGUCCAAUCAGAGACUCUUACAGGAUCUACUGACACACACUGUGAACAUUUCAGAAACCAUAAAUGAAACGGUUACUUAUAUCAAACAGAAAAUCAAAGAUGGACAGGGACUGACUGAUGAUUGUUGCAUCAAUCUAUUUCUGUGUCUGCUUGAAGUAAAUGAUCAGGCCCUGUACAGAGAGAUUGAAGAGUUUGUGAGAUCAUACAAACAAUUAGAAAAGAAACUUUCUGUUGCUCAUUGUUCAGCAAUAGCCUACAUGCUUCAGAUGUCAGAUGAGGUAAUAGAUGAGUUUGAUUUGAAGAAAUACAACACAUCACAGGAGGGUAGAAGACGACUUAUACCAGCUGUCAACAACACCAGAAGAGCAUUUCUUGCUGAUUGUAAUCUGACUGGUACAUGUUGUAAAAUCAUCGCUUCAGCUCUACAAUGGUCAAACUCUCCUCUGAGAGAACUGGAUUUGAGUAAUAAUGACCUGCAGGAUUCAGGAGUGAAGCUGAUCUCUGAUGCUCUCAGGAGUCACAACUGUCACUUAGAGAUAUUGAGGUUAUCGGGUUGUAUGGUGAGAGAUGAAGGAUGCUGUUUUUUGGCUUCAGCUCUGAGUUCAAACCCAUCACACCUGAGAGAGCUGGAUCUGAGCUACAAUCACCCACAAGACUCAGGAGUUCAACUGCUCUCUCAUAGACUUCAUGAUACAAACUGCAAACUAGUGACACUCAAUUUGGAGCAUGGAGGAAGUUUUAGGAUUACUCCGGGACUGAGGAAAUAUGCCUGUGAUCUCACACUGGAUCCGAACACGGCCAACAUUCAUCUGGUUCUGUCUGAGGGCAAUAAAAAGGUGACGUAUGUAGACGAGGAGCAGCCGCAUCCUGAUCAUCCAGACCGAUUCAAACACUAUGAGCAGGUUUUGUCUAAAGAGAGUUUCACUGGACGCUGUUACUGGGAGGCUGAAUGGACUGGCUGGAGUUAUAUUGGAAUGACAUAUGAAGGAAUCAGGCGGGAUGGAGGAAAUCUCAGCAGGUUGGGAUAUAAUGAAAUGUCCUGGUCUCUCUUCUGUAUAGAUGACCGAUACAGCGCUUGGCACAAUAAUAAAAACAAAGACAUACCUGCUCCUUCACCUCGCUCUGAUAGAGUAGGAGUGUAUGUGGACUGGCCAGCCGGCACUCUGUCCUUCUACAGCGUCUCACACAAACACACACUUACACACAUACACACAUUCAACACAACAUUCACUCAACCCUUAUAUGCUGCGGUAAGAGUAUAUAAAUGCUCUGUAUCUCUUUGUCAGCUUUAAUAAACUUCUUCAGAUUUAAAAGACCAAUCUUUUUUUUCUUUGUGUUCAGCUGUAACUGACCAGCUGUAACUAGUGAUGCAUACAUGCAUGCACACACAUAUAAAGUAACUAAACCAAUAUAAUACAAAACAAAACAACAGCACCAAUAAACUGUAAUGAACAGGAGAAAAGGGUACACUGAACAAUAAAACAUUUUAAUAUAA